AUUUAUAUCAACCUUUUCAUCUAUAUCUAUUCCAAAGACUGUCUAUACCAACGAGAGGGGUAUUCUAGUACUUUCAUAGAACCCUGGUUUUGAAAAACCCCUUUUCACCUGCUAUUAAACCCUAUCCUCUUGCAAGUUGCAGACAGUCAAAUUUUUUCUCUUUCAGCUUUCUUGUUCUCCAGGAAAAGAAUAAGCCAAGAAAAUGGCCAAGCGUCUGCUUCCACUUUUGAACCGCGUGCUGGUUGAGAAAAUCGUUCCGCCUUCCAAAACCACCGCCGGAAUUCUCCUCCCCGAGAGCACCACCAAGCUUCAGCUGAACACUGGAAAAGUUGUUGCUGUGGGUCCCGGUUAUCAUGACACGGAGGGCAAGAUUAUUCCGUUGAGUCUGAAAGAAGGAGACACUGUUUUGCUGCCCGAGUAUGGAGGUUCUGAAGUGAAGCUUGGUGACAAAGCGUACCAUCUUUACCGAGAUCAAGACAUUCUGGGAACUUUGCACGACUAAUUUCUCCCAUAUUAUUUCCAUCUCAAUUAAUUAUUAUGAUUAAUGAGAACAAUGUCUAGUUUAAGGUUUUUUGUCCUAUCGGUUAGUCUUUGGAUUGUGUUUUAAUGACUGCAGCAAAUCAGUGAAUGCUUUUGAUGGAAAUGUUUGGUUUUUAUUGGACUCUAUUGGAGAAUUAGUGAGCUGGAAUCUAAUUAUUAAAUUGAAGUAUGUUGUGUUUUUGUUGUUUGUGGCUUUUACUAUUGAUUUUUACAUGUAUGAUUUUUACAGAGAGUAUGAUACAUGUCAAAGCAGUCGAUUUUAUAGAAUAUUCACAGGUACAAAUUUGAUGUUUUUAACAUCCUUUGUUCAGUAUAUUGAAUUAAUACUCGCUUUUUAC